AUGGAUGGAAACCUUUGGGCUCUUAAACUAAAGGAGUGCACCAAAAAGAGGGAUUUGCAACGAGGGCGGGCAAUUCACUACCGGCUUGCUCGCUUAGGCCUUCUCCAAUGCAGCACAUACCUCUCCAAUUUGCUCCUUGGGAUGUACUCCAUCUGUGGCAGCCUCGACGAGGCACGAUCCAUCUUCCAGUCCAUUGCCCAUCCCAACAUCUACUCGUGGCAUCUCCUCGCCCAGGCCUGCGCUCGAGCUGGGCGGCUAGAUCACACCAAGAACAUCUUCGAUUCCAUGCCACAGCGCAACAUCGUCUCCUGGAAUUUGCUCCUGGCAGCGCUGGUGGCGAAUGGGAGCUUUACAAGCGCAAGAGCGGUGGCGGACAGGACCCCGGCGCUGGAUGCCAUCACCUGGACGACGAUGAUCCAGUGCUACACCCACGCCGGGCAGAUCGAUCGCGCCAGGGCUGCGUUUGAUUCCAUGACGAGCAGGACGAUACUCUCGUGGAAUUGCCUCAUUACUGCGCAUGCCCGUUGCGGGCAAGUUUCCCUUGCAAGGAGCGUCUUUGAGUCGAUGCCGGUGUUUGAUCUCGUCUCUGCAACAGCGAUUCUCGUGGGCUACAUUCAAAACCAGUACUUAGAGGAAGCGCAGUUUGUGUUCUUCGCGAUGCGCCAUCGAAACGAAUUCGCGUGGAAUGCCAUGGUAUCAGCAUUUGCCCAUGCUCGGCAUCUGGAGAAAGCCCAAAGUUUUGCCGAAAGGAUGCCACUUCACGACGUUGUGACGUGGACGGCAACGUUGCAAGGAUAUGCCGAGUGUGGAUCAUUCAAUGACGCGAAGAAUAUUUUCGAUUUGAUGCCAGAACGCAAUGCUGUGUCGUGGUCUCUCAUGCUCGUAGCAUUUGCCCGGCUGGGCCUCCUGGGAGAAGCCCGGAGAGUGUUUGAGAGACUUCCAGCCUGCCGGAUCCAAGAGGCCUGGAACUUCUUCCUGGCGAUGGAGACGCGGAGCAUCGUCUCGUGGACGGAGAUUCUCACCGCUCACGCCCAGAUCCAGCAGCUAGACGAAGCGAGAUCGAUCUUCCAGGCGAUGCCUUGCAGGGAUUCAGCGGCUUGCAAUUCCCUGGCACUGGCAUUCGCUCACUCGGGGCGGAUGGGCGAUGCCAGGAAGAUCUUCGACGCCAUGGCCGAGCGGGACGCGAUCUCCUGGAACGUGAUGAUCGCUGGGUACGCGCAGAAUGGCGAGAUCGCGAGCUCGCUGGAUAUCUUCUCGGCAAUGCGGCUCCAGGGUGUUCUUCCGGAGGAUCUCACGUACACGGCGGUGCUCACGGCGUGUGGGAGAGGCGGGCUUGUGGAUCGAGGCUGGGAUAUCUGGAUCUCGAUGCGCGAGGAUGGAGAUCAGCAUCAGCAGCUGGUACAUUACUGCUGCAUGGUGGAUUUGCUGGGACGGUGUGGCCGGAUCGAGGAAGCCCACGAGCUGGUCGACAGGAUGCCAUUCUUUCCAAGCAAUCUCGCGUGGUCGAUGCUGCUGAAUUCGAGCGCGCUCCACGGCGAUGGAAUUCGCGCGGAUCUCGCGGCAACGAAUGCCGCGGAGCUCGAUCCAGAAGAUGGCGCUCACUAUGUUCUUCUCUCCAGUUUCUACAAGCAGCAGCCAUCGCGAAGAAGGCAAGCGAUGAUCCUCGACGAUGAUCUCUUGGAAGAAGCUCGUCAAGCGCGCGCUCAAGAGGGAUUGGCAUAG